AUGUCGAGUUAUUCACGUAAGAUCGGGUUAAAGAACGAAAAGUUCGCCACUAAGGUGUCUUCCAGGGGUGGUUCCAACCAUGCAGCACCGCGUCGUACUACCAGCUUCUAUGUAAUCGGUUUUUUGCUGGCUGUUUUAGUAUUGUCUGGUAGCAUUUAUUGCACCAAGCGUCACUUUUCGUCGGAAAGGGCAAGAUUUUCCGAGCGUUUGUGGGAUACUUUGGUACCGGAGCGCAAUUGGACGCUGGUGACUCCUCAGCUUUGGCUUCUGCUCAUUGCGACAUUGUCACUGCACUACUACAACCGCAAGUACCCUAAGACACAUUCCUACCUGUUAGAGGGCGGAGCCCUGCUGACUACCAACAUUAGUGACGAGCUUUACAAGGGCGAUGCGAAGAGCCUUGCAAAUUUGCGUCAUCUUAAGGCGAUCUAUAUCAUUCAGCCUUCUCACACAAAUAUCCUUCGGUUAUGUGACCAAUUGCGUGGAGGUUACUUCAAGGAGUACCAUCUCUACUUCACCAGUGCUCCUUUAGAAGGUCAGCUUGAGAUGUUGGCAAAGAACGAUAUUUUGGAGUUGGUAUGCGGUGUAUAUGCAUAUCACACAGAUCUCAUGGCAAUAUGCCGUCACUGUUUUCUGCUUGACGCUGGUACAAGUGAUGUGUACACCAGUGUUCACAGCGGUGAAGCUGCCCGCGUAUCGCAAGGUUUAUUCAAUGUAUUUCAAAUAAUCAAGCAGAUUCCUGCUGUUGUUCAUGUUAACAAUAGCACUGAGGCCCGUGAGUUAGGCCUUAAGGUGCAAUCGUUACUGAACAAUGACCUGUUGAACUCUGAGGCUAUUUUGAAAACAUACUCCAAGUUCGGUACUUCCGAGAGUUUUGGUUGUUGUCUUCUGAUAUAUGACCGGAAAUUCGAUUGUGUGACUCCUUUGAUGAACCAAUGGAGUUACCAGGCGAUGAUAUAUGAGAUGCUUCCAGUUACGAGGAAUAGUGUUCGUAUAGGAGAGGAGGAUUUUAUUUUAAAUCCAGAUUUUGACGAUUUUUACGGAUCGCAUCUGUUCAAGGAGUUUACAGAUGUGGAAUCAGCUUUAAGUGUGAUGAUCCAGGACAACAAGAAGACUUUCACCGAUGCCGUGAACAUAUUACAGAACUUGCCACAACAGACCAAGGCAUGCAACGAGACCAAACGUCACGUUGCACUUCUGCACGAGUUAUCUAGACUCAUUCAGAGCCGUCAAUUGUUGGAAACUGCGCUUUUGGAGCAGGAUAUGGGUACCCACAACAAAGGUUCGGCUGAUGCUUUUGAGUCGGUGGUUGAGAUGCUGAACUCUGCUACUGUUGAUUCGUUUGAAAAGUUGCGUUUGGCUAUGUUAUUUUGCCUUGAAUACCGUCGUCACGAGGACAAAGUAAAUAUGAUUAAAGAUAAUUUGCGGAUGAAUGGUUUGGAAUCUAUGGUUCCAAAGCUCGAUGCUUUGUUGAAAUAUGCAGUUCGCCCUUAUAUGCAGUACACAUCGCGUCUCGCGCAGAUCGUACAGUCUCUUCUGAAGGGCCGGUUGGACCCUCGUCAUUUCUCUAUGAUUCCAAGUUCCUAUGACUUGGAGUUCACUUUAGCUACUCGUCCAUCGUCCGUGGUGGUGUACGUCGUUGGAGGUGUAACCCUGUGCGAGUACCGCGACCUUCAGGGUUUGAGUGCCGCCACUGGUGUGCCCAUCCUGCUGGCUAUGCCUUAUCGCUUCCCACGAGUAUUGCUCCGUGGUUUCUCGUCACAGGCGAAGGACCGUUGGGAGCUUACGGACGAGCACCGUCCGACGGUGUCUGCUCUCGAUAAGUACCGUGAGGUUCUUUCUGCGGACCGGCGUAAAUCUAUACGUCGUUCUGACUUUUUAAAGUUUACUGGAGGUCGUCGACCGCUUAUUUCAUCGCAUCUCAAGGCCAAUUUGUUAGCAUCUGGAAUCUUGGUUUGGUGUGUCUUUGCGUGUUACAUGACCUACCGAGUAAUGCGCCCGGAGGAUUACGCAUGGGUUGAUGCUGAACGUGUUCGCAUUGAGGCGGCUAAAGCAAAGAUGCAACGUAUCAUCGAUUAUGAGAAGAGUGUUGCUGGUUCUCAGACAUCAUCAAAUUGA